ACAUCUGCAAGCCACUAUCGUUGCAACUUCACUAAUCACAAUUGAAUUUAAUUCCAGUACGAGUAAUAGUAGUAAUAUGCAACUUGGUGCUAAUGAAUUAAUAUUAAUUGCGAAUUUAAAGAGGACGUUGAGGUUAUUAUAUAAACAGUCAAAAAUAUCGUCAUCAUAUCAUGCUUAUAUCACAAAUUUUCUAAGAAUUUAAAAGCAAGGAAAAUGGCCAAGAAUUCACUACUUCUUUAUAAGAAAAAACGUAAAAGAGAGAAACGUCCAGUUCCAUUGUCAGUUCAAAAUCUUAGAACACAAGUACAAAAACUCUCUAACCUAGAACUAAAUUAGUAAAUUAACAGUAAAUUUACUUACUCAUCCCUCUCAUUUAUGACGAUCAGUACAAUAUUCCGGUAUCUGAUUUUGAUUCUGGAAUUUUAGCAAGUAAUACAACCGAUGUUUCUAACAAGAAAAUUCAAUAAUCCCUGUAUAUAUUUUAGCAGAUGACUAUAGUUUAAAUGCCGCCUUCAGUUCUAUCCUCUUGAAAUCGUUGACUGAUGGGUCUGUUUCUUCAUGUUUGUUUCAUCUCUAUUUGUUUUUCAAUUCAUGUUUAUAAUUUGACAUUUCCCUCGUGAAUUUUAGUUUACUAAUUGUUUUUUUGUAUUCCAAUAUUUUGAACAAUAUAUGGGUGGAGAUGGACUCUGAAACGAUAGUUCCUUGAUACUAAAGUUCUUAUUUUAUACAAAAUUUCUUGAAAAAAAAACGUCAAAGUCAAGCUUAAGAGUUUAAUUUUAUUAACAUGAAGCUAGUACACACGCUCGCUGUAUGCCUGCAACUAUGGGCAAUCAUAAGCACCGUACACGGAGGUAAUGUCAUGCUGGUGGGCGGAGGUCUCACGGAUGAGAAUGCGGCCGUGUGGAGUCGGUUCGUCGAACUCGCGGGGGGCGAAGGCGUUGCAAGAGUCGGUGUAAUCACAACUGCUUCGAAAACUCCUGAAGACGAUUACCCUUAUUACCAGGACAUGUUCAUGGCGUACGGAGCAGCUUCAGUUGAGUGGAUUCCUAUCACACAGAGUAGCAAUAAUGCCAACGAUGCUGAGGUUGCAGACUUGGUGGCAUCACAGACUGGCCUCUUUUUCGACGGAGGCGACCGGCUCAGAAUAUUGGCAGGGUGGGUCAACGCAGAUGGGUCAGACACUGCGAGUCUGAGCUCACUACGAGGAGUGUUGUCUGCUGGGGGCAUCGUUGGCGGCACGAGUGCAGGGGCGGGAUGCCAGGGCACCGGACCCAUGAUUGCAUAUGGACUUUCUUACAAUGCAGUCGAUUCCGGUGCUCACGAGGGAGGCUGCGAAACUGCCAACAGAGACGAUCUGUGCUACAUCGAGGACGGCGGGCUGGGGCUGGUGAGGGGCUAUGUGGUGGAUACUCAUUUCUCCCAGCGCGGCAGAGAAGCCAGGUUGAUUGAGUUGCUGCUGGACACGAAGACUUCAGACCCCAGCACGCAAUUGGGCAUUGGCAUAGACGAAGACACCGGCGUGCUGAUAGCCGAAGACGGAACUGCUGAGAUCCUGGGCUCGGCGGGAGGAGCGAUGGUCGUGAGCGUCGCCGCUGCUGUCAAGGACCCCGCGGCGCCCCACACGCGAACCGCGGGCGUGCGAGUCUCAUACUUCACGGAGGGCGACGUGUUCAACCUAUACGAUGAUUCCGUAGUCUACCCGAGCUGGAAAACGCCCAUAGCUGACAACGAACUCUACGUUGACGCCACAAGCAGCAACAAUAUCUUCUCGUCGCCAAAUAACCCAACUGCCGAGGACGGAGUUUUCAGAGACGUUGCGCACCGACUUUGGGACUCCAAGGCGGACUCGGCCACAAGCUAUUCUUACGAGACCGGCCCGACAUUUUCCGUGACCAUGAAGAAAGAAGGAGGCACAGCCGUUGUCGGGGACUCUCCAACGCUCUCGACGCGCGUGGUGUCUUACCUCAACAUGGAAGUCGACAUUGACUAUACUAUUCUUGAAGAGCAUUAAAUCUAAUUAAAAGCGCUCAGAAGUUUUAGAAUGACUGCUAAAUUUUCAUGGAGUGCCGUAACUUGGGUUAAAAUUUAUAAACGUGUAGUAUAUCGCUGAUCAUGCAUAAGCGACAAUAAUAUAGAAGUUGGUAUUGACUAUACUAUUAUCGAACAUUUAACAUUAAAUAUUAAAUAUUAUU